AUGGAGUCGCUGGUGGCCCAAAUCGACUACUCCAAGGUGGAGCCCAUCCCCUUCAAGAAGACCGUGGCCUAUGUCAACCACUUUGUCAUCCAGACCACUCAAUUCCUCAACCGCUUCUCCUUCCUCUGCGAGCAGCGCCUCGAUCAGGUCUCCCGCCAUCUGCAACGAUUGGAGAUCACCAUGAACAUCCUCGAAGCCAAGCUCAACAGCAUACCGGAGGACGCCCUCGGUCCCGCCGCCCCCGGUGCCACCACCGUUGCCGCCGUCGCCGCUCCCGCGGGCGAGGGUGCGGGCGAGGUGCCGCCGCCGCCGCCUCCGCGCGAGGAAGACCACCAGCAGCAGCCGCACUACGGCGGGGACGAGUACCAGGACCACACCGCCCUUCCGCCUCCGGGCUCUCAGGGGGGAGGACUCACGGUGUCGGCGGACCCGCGCUACGAGCAGUACUUCGUCAUGCUGCGCCUGCGCGUGCCGGUCGCCGCCAUCAAGCAGAAGAUGAUGCUGGAGGGCAUCAACCCCGACAUCCUCGACAACCCCGACGCACCAUCGGACUGGACGGGCGGUGCGGGCGGAGCUGCCGCCCCUCGGGCUUCCGGCGGCGAGUACUUCUCCGACGACGACGACGAUGAGGAGGAGUCCGACGAGGGCUGGUGA